CUGCCCAGUGUCUUGCUUCCUUGUGAUGUGUUCGGUACCUUCUCCCACCGGACUCCAUACAUAAGCACUGACGGCGUUGUCGUGAAGAAACAAUCGAUGCAAGUCAUCGCAAAAUGGAUCCCACAAACCGAACACAACCAAUUCUGAUACAAUGAAGACUGUAGAGAGAGACGCCGAUACGAACAGAAACAAAAACCUUCGCGAGUAUAACGAAAGUGAGAUCGAGGCGAUUAUGGAUAAUUAUGUCAUCCACUGCGCAUCAGUUCCGAAACCAUUGUUGGAUUCAUCGCAGGCAGCAAAAGCGCCGGAGAAUCCUUUCAUGAAAAAAUUGCCGCCUUACCUGCAAGAKGUGGACCGUGUCCCAUGCGACUUGUGUGGGAAAUACGUUUACUUCCAGGAGUUUUUCAAUCACCAAAAGAAAUGUGCAGAAACAACCGUUGRUAUUGUUAUGUCUCGUAAGAGACGAUUACCGGAGCCAGUAUAUCUCAGAAAUUUUCGUAAGAAACUUCCAUCCGUUACACCAGAAAAGAGGAAACGAAAGCGUGACAACAGCGACACAAGCAAGAGCAUCAGCAUCAGCAUCAGCACCAACAAGAACAGCAACUACAACAUUUCACAGCUAUCGACACAAAACGUAGCGUGAUUCUAACUUCCAGUUGUCAGCGGCAGAGAACUCUAUGGCCAACCASCACCAUGUUUAUGGCUCCAUACYGACUCAUCAGAAAGGGAAAAUCGUCCGAAACCUUUGAAAGAGCCAGCAACAACAAAAGUCACUGGAUGGUCACAGUAGUGGGAUGGAGGAAGCAAUAUUUUAUAAUUACUAGAACUACUUCUAGUAGUACUACUGUACAAUCGAUUGUCCGAUCAUAUGAUCCUUAGGUAGCAAGCUUCGGUGUAACCUUAAAUUUAGUAACG